AUGAAUAUCGUGCUUAAAGCAACUACAACAAAAGCGCGACUUUUAAAAAAUAAAGAUAAGAUAAUGAACUCCAUAGAAAGAGUCAUAGCCAACAACGGUAUCGCUGAAUGUUCUAACACUCAAAAUCGGUGUGAUCCAAUUGGAAUAAAUCUAAAAAAUAUUGGUUCGUUGUCUUGCAUACAAGGCGUGUGUCCGAAUCGUUCAUUAGAAGACAAGCCAUCUCAAGUUUGCCAAGAAUUGGAUUUCCCAAAAGAUUGGGCAAUCGAUCAAAUCAAUAAAAAAAUUGUAGAAAAUGCAACUAACGGCUACCUCAAUAAACGAUAA